GUAAUGAUCAGUCGCAGGUUGGGAUCAGGCAGAAGCGUAGUUGAGAACAAGCCAAGGUCGGUAAUAAACAGUCGCAGGUUGGGAUCAGGCAAGAAGCAUAGUCGAGAACAAGCCAAGGUCGGUAAUGAGCAGUCGCAGGUUGGGAUCAGGCAGAAGCGUAGUCGAGAGCAAGCCAAGGUCGGUAAUGAGCAGUCGCAGGUUGGGAUCAGGCAUAAGCGUAGUCAUGAACAAGCCAAGGUUGGUAAUGAGCAGCCGUAGGUUGGGAUCAGGCAGAAGCGUAGUCGAGAACAAGCCAAGGUCGGUAAUGAGCAGUCGCAGGUUGGGAUCAGGCAGAAGUGUAGUCGUGAACAAGCCAAGGUCGGUAAUGAGCAGUCGCAGGUUGGGAUCAGGCAGAAGCGUAGUCGAGAACAAGCCAAGGUCGGUAAUGAGUAGUCGCAGGUUGGGAUAGGCAGAAGCGUAGUCGAGAACAAGCCAAGGUCGGUAAUGAGCAGUCGCAGGUUGGGAUCAGGCAGA